UCUUCUCUAUAGCUGCUUCUCUCUCUUUCUUUUCUUUCUGAAGUUUCAGAGGAUUAAGCUUUCUCCAAACAUGAGUAACUCCUAUCAACACCAACCUCCUGUGUAUCCACCACCACCUGCCGCAGCAUACCCGGGAGGACCUCAUGUGGCUCCACCUUCAGCCGAUUAUCCCAUGAAAGAUGGUCAUGGCUACCCUCAAAAUCCUGCUUCAGUAGAAUCAAAGGCCAAGGGUGAUGGAUUCUGGAGAGGAUGUUGUGCUGGCAUGUGUUGCUGCUGCCUUUUGGAUGCUUGCUUCUGAGGAUUCGGAGAAAGAGUGUUUAAUUUGUUGUAUGGAAAAAUAAAAUAUGUGAUUUGAUUGUAUACUCGUAUGCUUUUAUAUCUGAUAUUAUUAUUAUUAGUUA